GCAGUAUCUGGUGAAACACCAAAACACCCCGUAGCUUCGUCUAAAUCUGGCAAUGUCUAUGAGAGACACUUGAUUGAAGCGUUCAUUUCCCAAAAUCACAAAGACCCAGUGAAUGGCGAAGAUCUCGAGGUUGAAGAUCUAAUAUCUCUUAAAAGUGCCAGAAUUGUAAUCCCCCGACCUCCAACUCUCACCUCUAUUCCGGCUCUUCUUUCAACCUUCCAGAAUGAAUGGGAUUCUCUAGCGGUUGAAAUAUUUACCCUUCGAAAAGAUCUACAGGAAACCAGGCAAGAAUUAUCAACUUCACUAUACCAACACGAUGCUGCUGUUCGAGUUAUAGCCCGAUUAACUAGAGAGCGCGACCAGGCUCGUGAUGCUCUAUCAAAAGUAACAGUUAAUCCGGAUUUUGGUAGAAAUGAAGAUGCAAUGCAAAUUGACAACCAAGGUUUACCCGAGGAACUUGCAGCUAAGGUUGACGCGACCUUAGAAAGGCUUUCAAAGAGUCGCCGAAAACGACCCAUACCGAACGACUGGGCAGAUGUUGAAACUGUUCGGAAAUUUGAGACAGCGUCCCUCUCAGAGCCAAUCUGUCCUAUUUCAAAUUUCCUUGCAUUUGACGAGGCUACUGAGCUUGCAAUUAUCGGCGGACUAGAAGGUGGAGUAAAUAUCUUUUCAGUAAGAGAAAAUAAAGUCCAUCAAUCAUUUGACGUAUCGAGUGUAAUAACUAGCGCAAUUUGGAACGAUAAUCAAGCCAUUGUUUCUACGUCAUCUGGGGAGGUGAAGAUCCUUGGUCCUGAUAAUAUUUCCUUUCAAUCACACUCUGGGAGUGCUACUUGUUUGGCUCUCCAUCCAUGUGGAACUAUUCUCGCGUCCGCGGGCUUAGAUAAGAGUUUCGUGCUCUAUGAUUUGGAAAAAAAUAAACCUAUAACCCAAGUCUACACAAAUUCAGAAUUAAUCUGUGCUAAAUUUCAUCCUGACGGCCACCUAUUCGCAGCUGGAGGGCGUGACGGCCAAAUCAAGCUUUUUCAUGUGAAAACCGGUGAAAAGGCAGCAAUAUUCACUAUUGAAGGGCCAGUUGGUGAUAUUGAAUUCUCAGAGAAUGGUAUCUGGCUUUCCGUUAUAGCCAAGGGAUCUAGCUGUCUGGUUACAUUUGACCUGAGGAAAGAGGGAAAAUCUGCUGAGGCUAAACUGCUAGAAACUGGAGGGCCAAUAAACAGCAUUAGAUGGGAUUACACUGGUCAGUAUCUAGCAGCAGCUGGACCACGUGGCAUUAUUAUCCACCAAUAUGUCAAAUCAACAAAAACCUGGUCAAGUGUCAAUAGCUUCGCAAUUCCAGCCAGAAAUAUUUCCUGGGGGCCACAAGCAAGGUCUUUGAUAGCGCUUGAUGAAGGGGGUGUCGUUAAGGUAUUGAGGUAA